AUGUUUUUACAUGUCAUUCAAUCAGUCGAAAAAGCAUUAAAAUUUAGAUGGCUAAAUUUUGAAAAUUUUGAUCCAGACGAAUACGAAUUUUACGAAAAAGUAGAGAAUGGCGAUUUAAAUUGGAUAAUUCCUCAAAAAGUUUUGAGUUUUUGUGGUCCCCAUGACAAAACAUAUACAACAGAUAAUGGUUACCCAUAUCAUUCACCUGAAGUUUAUUUUGAUUAUUUUAAUAAAAAUGGAGUAACAACAAUUAUUAGAUUAAAUAGAAAAAUAUAUGAAGCAUCUAGAUUUACAAAAGCGGGUUUUGAUCAUCACGAUCUUUUCUUUAUUGAUGGAACUACUCCGAGUGAUGAUAUUGUUUUGAAGUUUAUUGAAGUUGUGGAUAAUGCUAAAGGGGCGGUUGCCGCGGGACUUGGCCGGACAGGCACUUUAAUUGCCUGUUGGAUGAUGAAGAAUUUUAGAUUAACAGCUCCACAAUGCAUGGGUUGGUUACGAAUUUGUAGGCCCGGUUCAGUAAUUGGACCUCAACAACAAUUUUUAAUUGAAAAACAAUCCUGGUGUUGGCAAUUGGGACGUGAAAAUAAAAAACAAAUUUCUUUAGAAAAAGAGGAUAAUGAUGAAACAUUUUCCUCCAAAAAUAAAGAAGAAAUAAUUAAAAAUGAAAAAGAAUUUAUUAAUAAUAAACAAUUGUGGAAUGAAAGAAAAACUUUUGAAGAAGAGGAUGACGAAAAAGGUAAAAGCCAAGGUGAUCGUUUAUGUGAAAUUAAAGCAGCAAGACAACAUCGUCAAUCGUCUAAACAAAAUUUUGGAAGGAGUAAUAGUAGAUUAAGAUCAAGUGAAGAAUCUGUGGGUGAAAGAGAUGAAAUAAUUUUAACUAAUCGUUCACCUGAAAGUUUUGAGGUUAAUACCAUUUUGGAAUAUAAAAAAGAAGAAUUGUCAUUUCCCCCUCCUCAAACAUCACUAACAACAACGCCGAUAAAACAAUUAAAAUUGAGUACAACAAAUCCGUCAAAAAUUGAAAAUAAAAUAAAAAUUGAAGAAAAUAUUUUAAAAAAGGAAAAUGAAAAGAAAUAUUUUUCUAGAAAAGUUCUAAAAAAUCAAAAAAUUUGUGGAGGAAUUGGAAAAAAUUUGAAUACAAAAAUACCUAUUAAAAAAGUCUCAGUUUCAACAAAUUUUGAUAAUUAUACAAUUGGAGGUGUUAGAUCUAGUAAUUCUGCAAUUCCAAGAAGAAUACAUUUUAGUAAUUCUCGUUUUGUGAAGACAUAUUUACCUGUUGGAUUAGAAGGCACAACCGCUACAUCCUCGUCGACAGCAGCCUCUUCCUUUGAUCGGGCAUUAACUAGACAAUAUGCAAAAAUAAAUGCAAAUACAAAACAAGCUACUACAAAAAUAUUAGAUGAUUCUUCCUCUUCAAAAUUUCGGUCGCCAAUUGACGGUCCUUUAUCACACCAAACAAAUUGUAAAUAUGAAUUACGUCCUCGUAGUCAACUAAAUAUUCCUUCAAGAUUUUUAACUAAUAAUAAUUUAAAUAAUUCACAAAAACAAAGUUCUCGCCGUUCUGUUUUAACCAGCAAAGUUGAAACAAUUCGACCAACAACAACAACUAAUCAAAACACUUCAGUUCCAUCAACCUCUGUUGCAGCAUUUGUCUCUCGCCUUUAA